AUGGAUUUGCGGCAAUCAACUCCUGUUACAUGUCAGCCUACAGUAAAUCGGAUAAGAAUGAUGGCGUUAGGGCGAAUAAUCGUCUUAUCCGUGUUAUUUGCUCAAGCGUUAUCCGCGCCGAGUGGCUGCAUAGAGUCCUGUAACUUUUAUCAGUCAUCCUACCAAAGUCGCCAAACGUCCGGUAGUCACCAAGAUCAUGCUGCUUUAAUUCAAGGAGCUACCAAUUUGAAUGAGUACGAUUACACCAGACCAGGCAAUUGGACCGAACACAAUCAGUACAACACAGACAAUGGGCACGGCAAAGUCUAUGAAGAACGAGGCCAAUAUGAAGAUAGUUCGAAGAAGACGCGUUAUUACAAGAAGAACUUCACCUCGUCUUACAGUACGAGUAACACAGGCAAUGCAGACGCGACGGGAUUGGAUCAAUUAACCGGUCAUCGAGUAUACGACACGGUGCACAUUCCAAGUAACCAACAUCUCGAUUCCCUAAGCGCAUACGAUCAGGUAGGAGCAACGUCGGUCACGAAAGAAAGCGGAUACAGCAAAGUGCACAGUCAACAGACGCAGUCGUCAUCGAGAACUGACAGCCAGAGCGAACGGCUGGAGGACUUUGGAGAAUACAGCGACCACUCGCAGGUGAAUCAACGUGUCCACGGUGGCGGAAGCAGCCAAUCGAGUGACACUAGUUACCAUGCGGAGACGCUACCGCAAAAUUGGAGCAGAGUGGACUCCUACAGGACCGACGGAGGUCGCGGACGCGUCUUCGAAGAGGAAGGUCAAUAUACGACCGGUCCCAAGAAGGUCCGUUACUAUAAGAAGAACUACACCUCUAGCUACAGUACAUCCAGUGUUCCUCAGGAUAGCAUCGGCUCGGCGACGGUGCAAGACUUGCACCACGAAUUACAGCAGAACUUGCACAAGCAGCUCGACGACUUCAGAAGAGAGUUUCACCAGACGUCCAAAGUCGAUCACGUGGCCUCCACUGCGCACAUAGGCUCUGCUCAGAGUCUCACACAAGAAACGGUCGGCUUCCACAACGACGAUCUGCAAACCGCCGAAAGUGACACGUACAGACAACAAUUGACUCAGCAUCGCGUCCCGUCCACCGGAAUCAUACCUCAUUACACCGAUCAACAGCAGAGAGAAACAUUCGCAGGUGAACGCACUGAUAUUAGGCAACAUACACCAUACACGUAUCCCUCCGCAGCCGGGGGUACUUACGGUACAGAGCAUCAAAGAACUUACCAAAGUCACGAGACCUACGUAUCUCGAGCGAAUCCCACGACUCAACCGAUUCAUUUAUCUCACUUGGCUCCAGAGUCCUCUGGUUACAUCCAGAGACCUGUUAUCAGAGACGGCUAUCAAUCGAACUUGCAUAACAUGCACUCCAUGGGACAUCACGCGAUCGACGACAUUCAGCGCACGAGCCAUCACUCUGGCAUCCAUCAGUCCAGAAUGACGGAAAACCAGCUACUUGCGGAAAACUCCCAACGUGUACACCACCCGAGCCAAGAUUCCAGCAGACGAGGUCAGUCAACGCACUACGAAGAACAUUGGAGUUCCUCCAGCCGCACCGGUGGAAACCCAUAUCCGAAUCCUAGUACAACUUACGGUGCCGGUCACGCAGACAGGGUACAUUACGAUAGAGACGCGUAUAACGAAUACUUGAACCGUCAUCAUAACGCGGCGCAAGGAUACAAUUCUCAUGCGCACACCAGCGGCAACACUUACAAUUCUGCCUACAGAACGAGCUCAGGACAAUCGGUCACCGGCUCCUUGGACUUGGGUCAUACGGCGCAGGGCGCAGCCGACUGUACCGAAGAGACCCAGCAGUAUCAGCAAGAGACUAGGUAUCAUAGGAAAUACAAGCGAGACGACCACCACGGUUUCGUGGAUGAGCAUCAACGUCAAACUGCUGAGCACGAGGACCUCACGCAGCAGUAUCAGGAGUUCGGCCAAGAAUCGCAGCAGUUGCAAGGCUUAACGCAACAGUUACAAGAAUUCGAACAACAAACUGCUGGUAAUCAGCACCUAGAUGAUUUGACACAACAGACAACAGGAUCGGACGACUUUAGUCAACAGACGAGUGGUAAACUUGAAUUCGGGCAAGGUUCUGCGGAUGGUCAGCAGGUGGAGGAUCUGACGCAGCAAACGAGUGGGCUUGAAUUCGGGCAACAUACUGCUGGUAAUCAGCAUCUGGAUGACUUGACACAACAGACAACAGGAUUGGGUGACUUUACUCAACAGACGAGUGGUAAACUUGAAUUCGGACAAGGUUCUGCGGAUGGUCAGCAGGUGGAGGAUCUGACGCAGCAAACGAGUGGACUUGAAUUCGGACAACAUACUGUUGGUAAUCAGCACCUAGAUGAUUUGACACAACAGACAACAGGAUCGGACGACUUUAGUCAACAGAUGAGUGGUAAACUUGAAUUCGGGCAAGGUUCUGCGGAUGGUCAGCAGGUGGAGGAUCUGACGCAGCAAAUGAGUGGGCUUGAAUUCGGGCAACAUACUGUUGGUAAUCAGCACUUGGAUGAUUUGACACAACAGACAACAGGAUCAGACGACUUUACUCAACAGACAAGUGGUAAACUUGAAUUCGGGCAAGGUUCUAUGGAUGGUCAGCAGCUGGAGGAUCUGACGCAACAAAACGAACGAAUCGGUAAGCUCAAGUAUGAACAACAGAUUGAUGACACUCAGCAACUGGAACGAUCAUCACAACGGAUAGAAAGAUCCAAAGAUAUAAUGCAACAAACAAGUGGUAAACUUGAGUUUGGACAACAAACUAUUGGUAGUCAGCACUUGGAAGAUUUAAAGCAACAAAAUGAACAAUUUACGCAACAAAUAGAAGAUGGCUUCUCACAACAAACCAGUGAUAAACUUAUAUUCGGACAGAAUCCUGUUGGUAAUCAACAUUUUGAAGAUUUAACGCAACAAACUGAACCAUUCGGACAACAGGCAACAGGGUCCGAUGAUUUCACACAGCAAACAAGUGGUAAACUUGAAUUUAGUCAACAUGUGCAACCGGUAGACAAAUUGAACAAUCCGCAAAAUCAAUAUUUGGAGGAAUUUAGUCAUCAGAAAGAUUUCACUCAACAAACAGAAGGAAAUGAUGAAUUCACGCAACAGAUGAUGGGAAAUCUAGAAUUUGACCAGACGCAGCAAUCACACAGGUCUCAAAAUUUGGAAGACUUCACUCAACAGAAUGAAGAUUUGAUUGGAGAAUUUCGUGAUUCCACGCAGCAGACAAUGGGACAUCUAGAGUUUGGGCAACAGACGCAGCAGCCACACAAACCUCAAAAUCUGGAAGAUUUCACUCAACAGAAUGAAGAUUUGGCCCACCAAAUUGGAGGAUUUCGUGAUUCCACGCAGCAGACAAUGGGACAUUUAGAGUUUGGGCAACAGACGCAGCAGCCGCACAAGUCUCAAAAUUUAGAAGACUUCACUCAACAGAAUGAAGAUUUUACUCAUCAGAUUGGAGGAUUCCAUGAUUCCACGCAGCAGACAAUGGGACAUCUAGAGUUUGGGCAACAGACGCAGCAGCCACACAAACCUCAAAAUCUGGAAGAUUUCACUCAACAGAAUGAAGAUUUGACCCACCAAAUUGGAGGAUUUCGUGAUUCCACGCAGCAGACAAUGGGACAUUUAGAGUUUGGGCAACAGACGCAGCAGCCGCACAAGUCUCAAAAUUUAGAAGACUUCACUCAACAGAAUGAAGACUUUACUCAUCAGAUUGGAGGAUUCCAUGAUUCCACGCAGCAGACAAUGGGACAUUUAGAGUUUGGGCAACAGACGCAGCAGCCGCACAAGUCUCAAAAUUUAGAAGACUUCACUCAACAGAAUGAAGACUUUACUCAUCAGAUUGGAGGAUUCCAUGAUUCCACGCAGCAGACAAUGGGACAUCUAGAAUUUGGGCAACAGACGCUGCAGCCGCACGAGUCUCAAAAUUUGGAGGACCUCACUCAACAGAAUGAAGAUUUUACUCAAAAAGUUGGAGGAUUUCACGAUUUUACGCAGCAGACAAUGGGAAAUCUAGAAUUUGGACAACAAACACAGUCACACAGAUCUGGAAGUCAGCAUUUAGAUGAUUUCACUCAACAGAAUAAAGAUUUAACCCAGCAAAUUAGUGGAUUUGAUGAUUUCACGCAACAAACAACAAGACAUGUAGAACAUGGACAACAAUGGAAAGCAGAUAGAUCGAGAUACGAUGACCAAUACUCAGGACAUCCUUCGCAGCAAAAUGGAUGGGACAAAGAAUCUGAGUGGCAGUUAGGACAAAUGUCACAGAAGACUGAUUUUGAUCAAGGUUUUGAUCAAGGUUUUACUCAGGACGAUGAGUUACAAUCAAGAAGACCAGCACCAAAACCGAAAUCGAGACAGAGACACAAUUCAAAUCCAUCACAUGUAGAUACAAACAUUGAUGAUGUUCUUAAACCAAUUGAGAUAAAUCCAGAGAUUGAUAUAAAUGAUAAAGGCAGAAGUAGAGAAGAAAACAGAGGUAGAGAAACUAUCCAAUAUAGUAGUCAUGCAACAUAUCCUAAAUUCAAUUAUCAAAGUUCAAGAAUUGAAGAUUUGCGGAGCCAAGGAAGGAAUGGAUUUGAUAAUGAAAAAGAAAACAUAGAUCGCUUACAUUGGGUACAUAAAUCAAAUGAUGCUACAGUGGGUUUACAAUGGCAUUACACUUAUCAUCCAAGUGACCUAACUAAUGUUGAAAGUCCACAUAAUACUUAUUAUCCUGAAUAUAAUUCCAUGUCGCAACAAACAGAACAGCAGCAAAAACCAGUUGACUUUAGCCAACAAGAAACACAAGGCAAGCAUACAUUUGAAACGUCCCUUUUUGAUAAUCAAUUUGAUCAAAAUUCUGAAUAUACGGCCUCAAGAGUAAUCCCACUGCAACACAGUCAAAUAUCGCAACAGACAACACAAUUAGAUAAACAAUCAAAUCAAGAGCCAGGAAAGGUAGAACCUAAAUUGGAACCACGGAUUUUAGAAGUAUAUGGUGGAGGACCAUAUGAUGGGUCACAUAGUGAUGAUAUCUAUAGAAGAGUUACACCAAAUCCCAGUGCAACCUUGCCUCCCAUAUAUGGUGAAGAAGCAUGGGAUAUCAGGGAAAAACCUAGAGAAAAGGAAAUAAUACCUUGGUUAGUAGCUAAUACAUUAUCCUCAGUAAACAAACCAGAAAUAGAUAAAGUUGAGGAUAUGAGUACAACAAAAAUGAUAGAUACUACAACGCAAAUAAUAGAGAUUACAACAAAAGAAGAAGCUACGCCAUCUUUUUGGGCCAGAGUUGGCAAUAAAAUAACUAAUACAUAUGACAAAGCCAAAGAAAAGGCUAGAGAAUUCUUUGGUUAGAUCUUUUCUUAUCUAUUCUUUUUUUUUACAUAAAUUAGUUAUUUAUAUAAAGCAAACUUUGGUAGAAUGAUUUCAGAUAUUUAAAAAAAUUAUAUCUUUUUAUCAAUAAUAAAUGUGUACUUGCAAUCACCAAUAGAAAUAAAGUAAAU